AUGUCAGACCCCAUCACACUGAACGUCGGGGGGAAGCUCUACACGACCUCACUGGCAACCUUGACCAGCUUCCCUGACUCCAUGCUGGGCGCCAUGUUCAGUGGGAAGAUGCCCACCAAGAGGGACAGCCAGGGUAACUGCUUCAUCGACCGUGAUGGCAAAGUGUUCCGCUACAUCCUCAACUUCCUGCGGACCUCCCACUUGGACUUGCCAGAGGACUUCCAGGAGAUGGGCCUGCUCCGAAGGGAGGCUGACUUCUACCAGGUGCAGCCCCUGAUUGAGGCACUGCAGGAGAAGGAGGUGGAGCUCUCCAAGGCCGAGAAGAAUGCCAUGCUCAACAUCACCCUGAACCAGCGUGUGCAGACAGUCCACUUCACCGUGCGGGAGGCACCUCAGAUCUACAGCCUCUCCUCCUCCAGCAUGGAGGUCUUCAACGCCAACAUCUUCAGUACCUCUUGCCUCUUCCUCAAGCUCCUGGGCUCCAAGCUCUUCUACUGCUCCAAUGGCAAUCUCUCCUCCAUCACCAGCCACCUGCAGGACCCCAACCACCUGACUCUGGACUGGGUGGCCAAUGUGGAGGGCCUGCCAGAGGAGGAGUACACCAAGCAGAACCUCAAGAGGCUCUGGGUGGUGCCAGCCAACAAGCAGAUCAACAGCUUCCAGGUCUUUGUGGAAGAGGUGCUGAAAAUCGCUCUGAGUGAUGGCUUCUGCAUCGAUUCUUCUCACCCACACGCCGUGGAUUUUAUGAACAAUAAGAUUAUUCGAUUAAUACGGUACAGGUAA